AUGACGAUAUACGCGUCGUACAGUAACUGUGUGUAUCCCAAGAGUGUAAUGUUGUAUGCUUUAUAAUAGGAAUUUUAUGUUAGUUUUCUUAGUCUACAGAGAAAUGUCUUUGAGAGAAGUUCUCAUAAAAUCAGUUAGUAAAGUCUAGCAUUUUAAAAUUACGAACGAAGUUUCGCAACUUGCCAAAUAGCGACCCAAGCACUGGUAGCUAACACAAAAUAUAUGAUAUUGUGCGUAUCCCUCUUGUGUUUUAAUCACAACGUUUCUUGUUGUUCUAAAACUUUAGCGCUUCAGUUAUCCUCAGCUCUCCAUCUGAUUACUUAUCUUUUGUGUGCUACCUAAGGUGCAUGAUAAAGUAAGUUAACGAGUGGGCUAACACAUAUCACAACUACAAUGACGGACAAAAUUAUGUUGAAACAUCCUAAAAAAAUAGUUAUAUUUUGUAAAAAAUUACUAAUUUCACAACAGUGUCCCCCAUUUCCCCAUUUUCAUCCAUCAAAUUUUAAUGGACUCAAGACGUGCUAAUUAUUUUAAACAAAGCGACAUCUUUCGAGCAACCCGACGUAACAUUUAAGGGGAAGGAGGCUUAAUUUUUACAAAAUUAUUUCUCAAACUUGUUUGCAGUGUCCUUCACCUUAUUUCUCUAGAAUUAGGGUAUCGGAAUAGGGACAAAGUUUUGUCAGGAUUAAAGUUGCUUCCAGUGUGGACUGACGAAAGUGUUCUUGUUUGAUUGUGCACUUAGUUUGGGUUAAAAAAUUACCUCACGUUCACGAGGCUUAAGUAAGAUCUCCAUCCUCGAUCUUACUCUCUAUCCUUGCACAUACCUAAUAAUAGUAUAUAAUAACUUGACAACUCAAAAGGUCGAAGUGCAAUAAAUUAUCCCUACUUUAUUGCAACAGUAUAGACAACCUAGUAACAAAAAUCUUUUUAGGACUUGUUUCAUUUUUUAGGCACAAAUAUACAUUUCAUAUAUAUAUUUUCAGUAUUCUUUUGGAAGCUAUGGUGUUGAAGCAAGACAACACGAGGGACUGUAUUUUUUCAAAAAUGCUAUAGUAAAUCCAUGCUGUUAGAAAGAUUUUAAAGUCGUCAUUGUUGUCUCAACUUUGUAUGCAAUAAUUUUGGUAUGUUUUGUGCAGAAUUCUUAGGCUAGAUAGCUAGUCAUUUUCUCUUUACAAGAACACCUGAUUUAAGAGCAAGACUUGAAGAGUGUGAGUAGCGUAAAAAAUAAUUCGACAAAUUAACUUAAUCAGAUGAAGCUGUACAGACAAAAUAGAAACACAAUUUGAAUGUUGAUGCAGAUGUUAUCUCAAAUAAAAGACAUUAAUAAAGUGCAGUCAACUUUCCAGUUAGCCUUUUUUUAACUUCGUGAUUAAAAAAGUAGUUGGAAAUAUGCCACAAAGCAGUUGUUAAGUUCGUACAACUUUCCAAUUCUAUAGCAUGUGUCAGUGUCACUGGAAAACGUGUGAACUGAGGGGCAGGAUGCGGACUUUUUUUAUUUUUUUAAAUACUUUGUAUCUAUAGGAUCAUUUAUUUUCUGUAUUUUUUCACAAGAUAGAUAUAUCAUCACGUUUUUUAGCGAUGUGCAAAUGUUAAAGGCUUCGGUAGUUGCAAUAUACAAAAUAGUGAUCUAUUUUAGUGCAAUUAGAUGAUCAUAACCUGUAUUUCUGCACAAUUGUAGGUAAGAAUAGCGCUUUCAGUUAUCACUACAAAAAAUUAGACUGCUAACUGUUCUACUUUGACGAGCAUUCUCCCCCCCCCAUUGGGCCUAACAAUAACUCUUUCUUGUGGUAUUUAGAUAAAAGUGUUGUUAAAUUAACAAAAUAGAUGUUAAAAUCCAAUUUUAUGUUGUAUCUUUAUAUACAUUUAUUCCCAUUUUUAGGACCGGAUUCCAAAGUAAAAUCAUUGCACUCCACUCUUGAGAUAUAUCUAAAAGGAAUGAGAAACAUUAUGUUUGCUAAACAGUUUAAAGAAUUCAAUCUUAAGAGAUGGGUAAUUUCAAUUUGGAUAGCUGGAAGAAAAAGCGACGAAGAACAGUUGGUGCAUACCUAUUGUGUGGUGCUAUCGUAGGUGUAGAUUACAGUGUUGUGUUUGCAACACUGUAUCCAUAUCUUACAGAUUUGGUUAAAACUGAUAAACCGAAGUUGUAUUAUGGAUUAACUAUAGCAUCAUUUUGUUUAUGCUCGACGAUACUGGGACCUCCUGCUGGCCGUUUCAUUGACAAAACUCGUAAAAUGAAAUUGUACACAAACUUUGUACUCGUAGCACAAAUUAUUGGAAAUCUACUAUAUGCUAUUCACUUUCAUCCAAUUUAUUUAGUUAUUGGUAGAUUUAUUGCGGGUAUAGCCAACACAUUUGGUAGCAUCUGCUCUGGUGAAAUUGUUCGACUUUACGACAGCAACGAGGGUACGAGCGCAUUGUGGUGGCUAGCUUCAUCCUACUCUGUUGGAUUUGCUUUCGGUCCAUGUUUUGGUAUUGUUUUUAAAGACGUGUUCGACUUUAACAUUGGAUCUCUCACAAUAAACUACCUAAAUUUUGUUGGCAUAUUUGUGGCUGCAAUGACACUUCUUGUGUUAAUAAUUGUCAAUUUCUUUCUGUAUGAUUGUUCGGCUGAAUUUGAUCUAAAAAAGCAUAUAAAAGAGCAUGAUGAGUGUUGUAGAAGCCCAAAUAAUGAUACAGAAUGUGGUGCAGGUGAAAUUUGUAUGAGUAAAUUAGACUUUAAUGCAAAGGUAGAUGUCGAUAAAGCAAUGCUAAUACAACAUGACUGUGACCAUUCUGUAGCAUUAGUGUUGAAGACCAUCAUUACAAACCCAGACGCUUUGUUAAUGUUUGUAUCUUCUUUUAUGUUUAUGUACUGCUUAAUGAGCCUAGAUCUACUUAUACCAUUGAUAGAGUUAAAUUUAUUGGGAUGGAGUUUAGAAGCUUUAACGUUAACUUUAGUGACGUAUGGCAUUACGUACUUCUUUGCGCUGUUAAUUUUAUCAAAAUAUUGCACUUCAAAACGUGCUGUGUACUAUGUAAGUUUGGUCUGUAUUGUCUUUCAACUGGUUUUGUUUGUUAUAAUGAUUGCCAUGAAACGAUUAGAACGAAAUUUGGAACGUGAUGUAACACUGAUGGUUCUUUUUAUGAUCGGUUACAUUUUUGUGUGGUUCAUUGAAGUGGUUUUGUUGCGAACUAUGGUUGCAAAAAUGGUGCCAUCCAAUAUACAAAGUUUUACUGAAGCUUUACGGAAAGUCCUAUCCGGUUCGGGAACUGUUAUAGCUGCCUUAACAGAGGCAUUUGCAAUAUCAGCGUUAGAUUGGUGGUCAAUUGGAAUGGAAAUUGCAGUUUUGAUAUUGCUUGUUUGUUUUUUAUAUAGAUAUAAAUCUUUAACACGCAUUCAAGAAAUAUCGUUUUCACAAUAGAACAAUUUUUACUUGCGCUGAUCAAAAGCGAAAGUAAAAAUUGAAGAAAUAGCACGAUUUAGCUGCUUGUUCUGCACCAUAAGUUGCUUAAUUUAACGUUUUAUUGGUGGAUGGAAGAUAGCCAGAAUGAUUUUUUUUUUUUAUAUAUUAAAAUAAAUCUGUAACAUGCUUUGAGGAAAUUUUGUUUCAUAAAUAUGACCAACAUUUAAAUGAAAUUUUAAAUGAACAAUUUUGUUUUCUGUUCAACAGUAUGUAUAAUCUACUGCCAUGUAUUAUUUUUAAUGAGAAAACAAUUUUAUAAAUUCAUAUAAUAUAUUUGUAUUGCUAAGCGUUUCGUACUUCAAGUACAUCAUCAUGAAUACAACCAUUGUUUCAACUAUUGUGAUAGGAAAAAUUAUCUUUGUGUCUAUAUCAUUCAAUUAAGAAAUAUUCUUUUUUUAUGUGUUUGUUUGGGAUUUGUAUUGGGAUGUGCAUUUAGAGUUUGUAUCUUUAGUUUCGUUAUCUAUUGAGUUUCAAGGAGUUUAAUAAACCUUGUAUAGUAUAUUGUGUGACGAAGUUUGUGUAUUGUGUAACAAAGCUUGUUUAUUGUGUGAAAAAGCUUGCGUAUUUUGUGACAAAGCUUAUGUAUUGUGUGACGAAGCUUGUGUAUUGUGUGACAAAGUUUGUGUAUUGUGUGACAAAGUUUGUGUAUUGUGUCACGAAGCUUGUGUAUUGUGUGACAAAGCUUUUGUUUCCCUCUUUUAUCUUUUCUCUCUUCUAAAAAAAUUGAUUUCGUAACAUAUUAUAUUUAAAAGUUCUCCAUCGUAGAGUUCACAACGUCACAUAUAACAAUAAGCAGAUACUCACAAAGGUAAAAUCAGAUAUCCAUAAUUAUUCAGUCAACUUUGUGAUAUUCGUUGACGCGCAACAGAGUAGACUAUCAGCAAAGCCAGACUGAAUAAUUACGAUAUCCGAUUUUGCCACUCCGAAUAUCUGUUUUAUCAUUCACCAAUGGGUGGAAAUAACACAAU